UGACAUGCCUAGUAUAAAGUGAAACAUCUGUUUAAAAAUAUUACACGGAGAUCAAGUCCCAAAGCAGGAUAUUUAUGAGUGGCAGAGUGUGUGGGAAGAUAUGGGCAGGCACCUCCGUGCUUCUGGAGUUCACUCCUGAACAACUGCAGAAUCCUGAAAAACUGGUAAAAUGUUUGAAAAACACACACCACCACUUGGGCAAUUCCAAAGCCUGCAAUUCCUGCAACAUGCUGGGCCUGCUGAGCAGCACUCAACACUAUUCCAGCACCUGCAAUAAGCCCUGCAGCUGCUCCGACCCUCCUGCUGCCCCACCUGGAGAACUGCAUCCAGCUCACGAAGGAUGCGGAGUUGGAGCAGGUCCAGAGAGGGCCUUUGAGAAUGAGCAGAGCACCUCCCCCAUGAAGACAGGCUGAGGGAGCUGGACUUGUUCUGCCUGGGGAACAAAAGACUGUGGAAACUCACUACAGCCUCCCAGUAUUUAAAUGGAGCAUGGGGAUAAAUGGAACAGGGGGACAAACAUUUCUGUACAGGCAGGUAGUGAUAAAACAAGGAGGAACGGCUUUAAAAUGAAAAAGAGAUGAUUUAGAUGACAGAAGGAAAUAAUCAGAGUGAGGUGCUGGCACAGCUGGCCAGAGAAGCUGUGCUUGCCCCAGCCUUGGAGGUCUUCAGUGCCAGGCUGGAUGGGGCCCUGUGCAGCCCGAGCUGGUGGGUGGCAACCAGCUCAUGGCAGGGGGGUUGGAAUUGGAUGAUUUUGUGUGUGCUUACGAACCCUAAAGGGAUUUUACAGUACAAACGUGCCCAUUUUCUCCUAAAUAUAUAUGAACUGUUCUGAAAACCCGCCUGCUUCAGACCAUGAAGGCACUUGCUGAUAAUAAAAAAAGCUCUGAAUUUUGGGGGAAAAUCACAAGCCCUAACAUAACCAUUAGUGCUAGCCAGAGGAAAACAGCUUUCAUUCUGAACAGACGACUGGCAGCUUGUGAAGUGGUAACACAGGACUGCUACAUCUACUGCCAACACAGAGGAAAAAAUGAGAACGGGACUGCAAGACGUGUCAGUUAACAGGACGCGAGCCGUCAGCCCGUACUGGCUGCGGGGCAGGACUCCCGACACGCCCCAGCGCCCCACGAGGGCCCCGCAGUUCGGCGACCGUUGGCAGCACGAGGCGGGACGCCACCGCCAUUACAAGCAGCGCGGCUCAGCUACCGCCCGCCCCGGCGGGACCCGCGCCCUCCGCACGCAGCGCCCGGCGCCGCCGUGCGCCCACGUGACCGAGCCCGGCCGGGCAAGCGCGGCGAGGAGCCCCCAGCGGCGUGGCGGAGGCGCUCCGUUUCCCCCGCCCCGCCGAGCGGAGCAGCGCCGCGAGAAGGUUAUGGCACAGGCUCAAGGUUUUGGGAGAAGAUACCUUAAAGCCUUCUUUAAAGGUUUCUUUGUUGCUGUUCCUGUAACUGUGACCUUCCUAGAUAGAGUUGCCUGUGUAGCAAGAGUGGAAGGAGCAUCAAUGCAGCCUUCCUUGAAUCCUGGGGGAAGACAAGCAUCUGAUGUAGUGCUCUUGAACCACUGGAGCAUUCGAAAUUAUGAUGUGCAACGUGGGGACAUCGUGUCAUUGGUUUUUCAGCCGUGCUCAAAGAUCCACGACCCACUUCUAAUAUGGUUAGCGUUCUGAAGAAACUUCUAAAUUCAAGGACUGAGAAAAAGUCUAUAGAGUACAAUAAUACAAGAUAAGGAAGGUUAGAGAUGCAUACAGCAUUGUUGAGAUGGGUGUGAUAAAUAAGUCAAGACAGACACAUCAGCAUGAAAAGGUAUGCCAACAUAAAGGGAAAAAUGGAGGUAGCAGAAGAUAGCAGAUCAUCACCACUGAGGAGCUAUUCCAGGUAGCACUGAGGGAUGAUUUCCCUUCCAACAUGAUUGACAGCACUUACAGGGAAAGGACUCUGCAUGCCUUGCCUGCGUAGUGAUGAUAAUAAUGCUUCGUCUAGUAUCUCAUGAAAUUCUAGACAUAUAUCGUUUGCAUUAAUCAAUAAAUAAUUUUAGGAAUAGUAGUUUAUAUUUACUGUUUUUUUGUGUGUUAUUUUAAUUGUGUUUUAAGGCUUAUUCUGCUUCCAGUGACUUCUUUGUCCACAGCUAAAGAGUAAAGAGACCUAAAGAAGGAGAGAUGCAUAGUUUGUUUAAAAAAAAAAAAAAAAUUUGUUUUCCAUUGAAAUUCAAAACUGCUUUUUGUGGCCAGUGCUGUCUGUUUUCUGGGUUGACUGGGUGUUUGUGUUUCUGUAGAAUUUUUUUUGCUGGAGUUAAAAAAAUUUGAAUAAAUAAAUAUUGUAUCAGUUUGCCAUAAUCUCUCCCCCAGUGGUAAUUUACUGUCCAUCAUCAUACAAUGUGAAUUGCAUUAGUUUAGUUCCCAUUUUGAAAAAUGUCUUAUUAGCCACCUUUUAAGCAGUAGUUUAAAUUAAAUUGACUCUGAGCCAUAUUUUAAUACAGUAUUCCAGCAGUGUGAUAAUAUAUUGAGGUGUAUAGACAUAAAUCUGUCUGUAGAAAACCCACAUAUACAAUUGUAUAUAAAUCCACACCAUUGUGGUGGUGUGGUUUUUAAGAUCCACAACCAACCAGUCUGAAUAUAUUGAAUUCACUUUUGCUGUAGCAGUGGAGAAAUCAAUUCUGUAGUUCUACACGUAACAAGUGUCAUAAGAAUCAGACUUAAGAUGCCACUGUGGUGAUUUAAAAACAAAUUAUUUCACAUGGAUUGGAGAAAAAUAACUGAAUGCAAAAGCAGGUGAAGUAGUAGAGAAAAUAAUUCCAAGUUAUCUUUUCUUAAAAGAAAAUGUUAAUGGUAUAUAACAGUAGUGUUGUUCAGAAAAAGCCUUCCCACUGCCUUUUCAGUUGCAAACUCUUAAUUAUAUCUUACUCAUCUAAACUAACAAUGAUCUUCGUAACGUUUGUGUCUCUUUUUAUGUUUUUAGCUACUGCUGUAUAUAGUAUUGUCAACUAUCUGUUGUGUAUCGUGGUAUACAUAAUUUCUCAGAACUUAAACUUGAAAAGAUAUAUAAGAUUAUCUAUUAUAAGAUAAUAUAUGCUAGUAUAUUAUGUUAAAACUAGCAUGCUAUUUAUAAUGUGCACCUCAUCACAUCUAGUCUCUAACUGUAGUGGAGGAGGAUAGGAAUAUUACAUAUUGUUUACAAAUUGUUUGUUGUUGUUGUAUGUAUGUUUCUCUCUUUACAGAAUCAGGUCAAUGAAAACCAUAAUGUAAUUUCCUGUAUAAAAGAGUUUGCAUUUCCUUUUUUCUCUGAGAUGGUCUGUAAUGUAAACACAGAGACUGGGUUUCUGUCUCCUCAUACCCAUAUGAUUUAUUUUCUGAGUAGGGUUCUCUGAUUUUUCCUAAGCCUUUGAUCAGAGCUCUUUUUCCAAGAUUACAGGAAAUAAGUAGUUGAAGAACUGUGCAGUAUUGAAUUUGUAUUUAAUGUAGAAGAACUGGAAGAAAGUUAAUGGCAUUUAAAAAAAAACUUUGUGGGUAGGAGUGUGAAGAGUAGAUGAUAUUUUUAAAAUAUGUAUAAGACAAGUAGACAAUACUGAGAACAAAAUUGAGAAGAAACCAAAUUGUUUCAUAUCAUACAUAUGUGAAUACAUUAUUAUAUUCAUGUGUAUUCAUGUAAUGAAAGGUCAAUUUACUUUUUUUCAAGUCCUCACGUAUGUUGCACUGAGAAUGUAGGAAACUCAGAAACUCAUCCUAUAUAACAUUGGUCGAGUGGAGAUAUUAAAGGUGAAGAAAAGGAGGUUCCAUGUGUUUUUCAAAAAGCCUUGUGAUGAAGACAGAAAAACCUGAGUUUAAUUAGUCUAGAGGAAAAAAAAAAAAAAAACAAAGAAAAAAAAAAAAGAUGAAGUGGAAAUGUGACAUUCUUGAUGUAAAGAGCAAAUUGGACAAAGCAUAGCCAGAAAUAAGUGAAGUAUUAUUGGUUCUGCAUCAAUGCAAGAAGGCUAGGCUGGAUCAUCUCCCUCCCUUCCAGUCUUAAUUUUCUGUUAACUCAGUCUUCCAUCCAAAAGAACUGCACCGUUGUCUGAGAUUAAAAUUGAUUUUUGACCAUAGACACUUGCGUCCUACACUCCUUAAUGAUGGUAGUUCCUUUUGUUAACCUGCAGAGAUGGAAAAGGGCACAAGCGCGUGCUGUUCACAGGUUGGUAGUUUUCUAUUAUUACUCAACAUAUGCAGCAGGCUGAAUCUUCAUUGUCAGAUUUCAUGGUUAAAAUUAUUUUCCAGUAGUAAUUCGUUGGAUGUUAUGCUGCAGCUUUUGCUUUCAGAAAUUAUUUUUAAGCUAUUAUUUUUAUGUUUGUUGCUUAAUGCAAAUGUGCUUGCCUGGAGUAGUGUAAGAAAAUGAAGUAAAACCCCAAACAUUUAGUCUGUACGGUGAUUGCAAAUGUGCAAAGCUGCUUGACUGCAAAUGUUUGAUUGCCUAAAUGUGGAAAGCUACAGUAAUUCAAGUAAAUAGUAUACAAAUUUAAAAAUCAACUACAUAUAUUAGCCAGGUGUCUGUCACUUGAAUUAAAGUGUUCCACAUUGGAUGAGAAGAACACGUUUAUAUCUUAAUACCAGUUCUUGUUUAAAUAUUUUAGGUGCCUUGAUGCAUCUUACUCAGCCUGCAGCUUUUGGCACUGUUUGGGGAAACUCUUUUUAUGUUUUAUUCACUUCAUCUUACAUUAUUUGUAAAUCUAAGAUCAUUAGAGUAGCUGACAGAAAAAGAAGGAAAGUUUUUCAUCUUAAUUAAUAUUUGAUGCUUGUGUGUAACUCCUAAUGGUACCAAACUGGGAACUGUGUAAAGAACAAGCUAUUAAAUGAUCAU